UCACCACGACCGAUGUCCGACCUCCCUCAACUCCUCCUCGCCUCCCUCAAUCCUGUAACAAGAAAACAAGCAGAGCAAAGCCUCCACGCACUCAGUCAGCAGCCAGGCUUCCUCCCCCAUCUCCUCCGGCUCGUUCUCGAUACAUCGCAAGACAGGUCUGUGCGGUUGGCUGCGAGCGUAUUCUUCAAAAAUGUCGUCAAGAACAGGUGGGACGAUGAGGAGGCACCCGUCUCAGAGGUAGACAAGACAUCACUGCGCAAUGACCUCGUCCCGACCAUGAUCACGCUCUCUGCGCCCACGGACAAGCCUAUUCGAGCACAAAUUGCAGAGUCUAUCUCGCUGAUUGCUAGUGCUGACUUCCCAGAGCCAUGGUCUGAUCUCAUAGACAAACUGGUCAGCUCGCUGUCAAGCACGAAUUACGCCAUCAAUAUAGGUGUCCUUCAGACAGCACAUUCCAUCUUCCAACCCUGGAGAGCCGCAACUCGAUCUGAUGCGCUGUACACCGUCAUCAACUACGUCCUGUCGCGGUUCAGCCAGCCAUUUUUGCAGCUUCUCGAGCAUACCGCAGAAUUGCUUUUGAACAGCGUUUCUGGAGAUGCUACUUCGACUCCAAAUCUGCGCGCGCAGUCGAUGCAGCUACUUGUUGAACUCUUCUACGACUUAACGUGCCAAGACCUGCCUCCUGAUCUUGAGGACAACCACGCUCGCUUCUUUGCUCCCCAGACUGGUCUUUUCCUUCGCUUCAUGACUUGGGAUCCUCCAGAGCUUCGUGGCGACCCAGAUGAUACUAUCCCAUCCCUACCCUCCCAAAUCAAGACUGGUAUCCUCGAGAUCGCCGAGAUGUACAUCAAGCUGUACCCUGAAACCUUACAGAGUUCGGCUUCUGUAGAAGCUCUUGUCCAGGGUGUCUGGGAGCUCGUCGGUGGAGGGAAGCGUCCAGGUGUUGCGGACGAUCAGCUUGUCUCCCAAGCCUUGCGCUUCAUCUCCACUGCGAUCCGAUCUGGCCACUACAAGCAACUUUUCUCCUCAAAAGACACAAUCUCUAGCCUCGUUCAGGGUGUCGUCGUACCCAACGUUGGACUACGGGAACACGAGAUUGAGCAAUUCGAAGAUGAUCCUCUUGAGUACAUUCGACUCGACCUUUCUCUUCCCUCCGCCUCUGGUGGUCUCGGCCUUGGCUCGCAUGAUGCUAUGACCCGCAGGCAGGCUGCUGCGGAUGUCUUGCGCGCACUUGUCUCGUCUGGCUUGGAGUCCGAAGCCACAGAGGUCACCGGUGCCUGGAUCAACCAGGGCUUGGCCGAAUAUAACAAUAAUAAGACCAAGGAAGACAGCUGGAAGGCGAAAGACACUGCCGUUUACUUGCUCACUGCUGUUGCGACUAGGGGAAGUACCACGCAGCACGGUGUCAUUUCCACCAACACCUUGAUCGACGUCGUUCGGUUCUUCUCCGAGCACGUCUUUCAAGAUCUUCAAGCUGCCCCGGGAACUGUACACCCCCUCCUCCAAGUCGACGCCAUCCGCUUCCUCUACACCUUCCGGACGCAGCUCACGAAGCCACAACUCCUCUCUGUCCUGCCCUUACUUGUCCAGCAUCUAGCCUCGAUCAACUACGUCUGUUACACUUAUGCUGCGAUCAGUAUCGAGCGCAUCCUGUUCAUUAAGCAGAGUGGCCAGCUUCUAUUCAUCCAAGCUGACAUCCACGAGUUUGCCCCUGAUCUAAUUGACGCUCUACUGAAGAAGGUGGAACAAGGCGCGACGCCAGAGAAGGUUGCUGAGAACGAUUAUCUCAUGAAGUGUAUCAUGCGGGUUAUCAUCACUGCCCGCUCGUCCCUACUUUCUACCUUCGAGAAAACCCUCAACCGCCUUGUCACUAUCCUUGGCAUCAUCUCGAAGAAUCCCAGUAACCCAAAUUUUGACCAGUACAUCUUCGAGAGCAUCUCUGCUCUCAUGCGCUUCAUCGUCGCUGUUAAAGCUGAGACUCUACCGGUGUUCGAACAGGCCCUCUUCGGUCCGUUCACCAUCAUCCUGCAGCAGGACAUUGACCAGUACAUUCCCUACGUCUUCCAGCUUCUCGCACAGAUGCUGGAGCUUCAUACCUCCGAUAUCCCACAAGCUUACCGCGAGCUUCUCCCAUUCUUACUCUCGCCUGCCAGCUGGCAGCAAAAGGGAAGCAUCCCUGGCUUAGUGAAGCUGCUCAAGGCCUUCCUCGUGCACGAUGAGCGCCAGAUGGUUGCGACGGGCCAGUACACGGCCGUGCUUGCUGUUGUGCAACAGCGUCUGAUCCCGUCGAAGCUUAAUGACGGCUGGGGCUUUGAGCUCCUCCAAGCAGUCGUGCAGUACAUCCCGCCGUCCGAUCUCAAGCAGUACAUGCGUGCAACUAUGGUCACUCUCCUCACUCGCAUGCAGACAAGCAAGACAGAUAAGUAUGUGUACCACUUUACCUACUUCCUACUGUUCGCGAUGGCGAUCAACGUCGAGGGUUUGGGGCCGGACUUCAUUGCGAGUGCUGUGGAAGAGAUCCAGCCCGGGCUUUGGUCACAGAUUCUGUCAAACUUCGUUGUUACGCAGGUGCCCAAAAUGCCCACGAAAGAUCGCAAGGUCACUGCCGUCGGCUUGACACGCCUAUUAACCCAGAGCCAGGUCAUGCUACGUGAGCCGGCGGUCGCGCAAUGGUCCGCAUCUUUCAGCGCGCUCGUCAAACUUUUCUCUGAGCCGCAGUACCUUACGAAGGAGAAGGACGACGAUCCCGACGCUGGGCUGACCGCAAUUGACUACGAGGAGCAGAACGCCGGCUACCAGGCAGCGUAUUCUCGGCUUGCGGCGUCCGAGACCGUCAGCACCGACCCUGUCGCGCACGUUCCCCACCCGCGCGAUUUCCUAGGCACGGAGCUCGUGCGUCUAACCAAGAGUGAUCCUCGUAUCAAGAGCCUGCUGCUCGCGGAUCCGGGCAACGCGCCAUUCUUGCAGGCGCUGGCGGGUGCUGGUUAUGCAAUUUAGGGAGGCUGUCUCAUGAGUCUGGCCUUGGAUUUGUGCGUGUAUUCGUCCUCGAGAUAAUAACGUAAGAUACCUGAGCUUCCAGUUCCUUCACAAGCUUUUGUGGAGAGGGGCCAAGUGGGAAAAAUGCAAUCCGCGUUGUAACGCAACGAAUACACAGCUACGAACUCUAAGUUCCCGGGCCACAUACCAUACCAUAUAUAGAUGAGUCAGGGUACUGCGAAGGCAAAGGUUGGCGCUUGACUUGUCACUGCCUCGUACAGCCCUAACGUGUAAGUUAGGUUCUGUCGGGUCUGGGCGCGGCGUAUACGGAACUGCCAAACAGUGGCAGCCAAUAAUUGUUUUGCUUGUGGCUUGAAUUGCAUGCGAUGCCACUGUAAUCAACUUUCUUGACAGCAGACGUCGAUUGGGAGGCUUGACGUUCUCUUCCUUGACGAUCAGAAAUGAGCAACGAAAUGCGUAAGGCGGCAUUGCCCCUUUGAUACCAUCUAUUAGCAUUAUUAGUGCGCUUGUGC